GAGGGAGAACGCGAUUUUUAUUCCAACGCAUUGAAUGGUAGAGUCGAACGCCAUAUUUUGUUUUGCAUCGAAAACCAGUAAUUUCGGUUGUUUUUAACAUUCAAAAUAAGCAAAAAUGAGUGAAUAUCAAAGUGUAACUGCAGACGCACUUAAUGCCACCCAUUUGGAGCUGCAGGGCAAUCCGGCAGCCCUUAGACGACCCUUUGAUCCGACCGCACACGAUCUGGAGAGCACCUUUCGUCUAACCCGUUUUGCUGACCUAAAGGGGAGAGGCUGCAAGGUUCCCCAAGAAGUCUUAGGAAAACUAGUAUCCUCCUUGCAACAAGACUAUUCCCUACAAGAUGAUUCACAAUUCAUGCAUAUGGCAAUUCCCCGUAUCGGAAUUGGCCUUGAUUGUUCGGUAAUUCCAUUACGCCAUGGAGGGCUUUGUCUAGUGCAGACGACGGACUUUUUCUAUCCGAUAGUCGACGAUCCAUACAUGAUGGGUAAAAUAGCUUGCGCCAAUGUACUGAGUGACCUGUAUGCCAUGGGAGUGACCGAGUGUGAUAAUAUGCUGAUGCUUCUGGCUGUGAGUACAAAGAUGACUGAGAAGGAGCGAGAUGUUGUCAUUCCCUUGAUCAUGAGAGGGUUCAAGGACUCUGCUCUUGAAGCUGGAACUACUGUCACCGGAGGCCAAAGUGUGGUAAACCCUUGGUGCACAAUCGGAGGCGUGGCCUCUACUAUAUGCCAGCCAAACGAAUACAUUGUCCCAGAUAACGCAGUGGUUGGUGAUGUUCUGGUUAUGACAAAGCCUCUGGGAACCCAAGUAGCCGUGAAUGCUCACCAGUGGCUUGAUCAGCCAGAACGAUGGAAUCGUAUCAAGUUGGUUGUAUCAGAAGAGGAUGUACGCAAAGCAUAUCAUAGAGCCAUGAGUUCCAUGUCCAGACUUAAUCGCACAGCUGCUCGUCUUAUGCACAAGUACAAUGCUCAUGGAUCGACCGACAUCACCGGAUUCGGACUUUUGGGACACGCACAAACACUGGCUUCGCACCAAAAGAAGGAUGUGUCCUUUGUUAUUCACAACCUUCCAGUAAUCGCUAAAAUGGCCGCUGUGGCGAAGGCAUGUGGAAACAUGUUCCAACUGUUGCAGGGACACUCAGCAGAGACAUCAGGAGGAUUGCUUAUUUGCUUGCCACGUGAACAAGCUGCAGCAUACUGCAAGGACAUUGAAAAACAGGAGGGCUACCAGGCUUGGAUCAUUGGCAUUGUAGAAAAGGGCAACAAGAGUGCUCGGAUAAUUGACAAGCCACGAGUCAUCGAAGUACCAGCUAAGGAUUAAAUAAGUUGAGUUUAUUUUUUUUUAUCUUUCUCUGUACUAUGUUAAUGAUUCGACUUUUUUUAAUAUUAAAUAGUUUUAUUAUUUCUUUUGUGUCAACCAAAUGCUGAAACAAUAAACUUUAUGCUUAUGUAUAAAUAUAACUUUCUGUUUUGAAGAAAAUGUUAGAUUUGUUCACGUCAUUAACUUAACAACAAAAUAAUUGAAUUAAACGAAAAAUAAAAACCA